UAUAGAUGAUGUUGGUGACAUCAGCCAAUUAUAUGCUUUAUUGCCCAAACAGACUCUCACUUCAAAUAGUCUGGUCAUUGUCACUACCCGGAAAGAGAGCGUUCUGAUAGAGGCUAAGAUAAAAGUUCGUUAUGAAAUUAAAGAAAUGGAUCAAAAGCAUGGCCGGCAGCUCUUCUGUUGGCACGCAUUCCGUAGACCAGAACCUCAAAGGGGAUACGGAUAUUUAGUUGAAUGCUUUGUGAAGGUGUGUAAAGGUUCCCCGGUGUCUCUUCGAGUAUUAGGCGGGCACGUUUUUGGUCGGAGCAAGAAGUUUUGGAAGUUAGAAUUGGGUAAAGUUAGGAGAAGGUUGUCCGGUAAAAUUAAAGAUGUACUCAAAAUAAGCUACGAUUCACUGGUUGAGGUGGAAAAACAAAUUUUUAUUGAUAUAGCAUGCUUUUUGACAGAGAAAGAUCAAAGUAUAGGCAUAAGAAUAUGGAAGGCUUCUGGGUGGAAUGCCGAAGAUGCACUUCGGAUACUGAGAAAUAAACGUCUUGUUGAAGUGGUGAGAGAAGAGUGCUGGAAUGAAAUCAAUAAUGGAGUGUCACCUACUUUUGUUUUCAGAAUGGAUAAUCACCUCCGACACUUGGGAAGAGCAAUGGCAAAUGAUGGACAGAAUCAACGGGUCUGGAAUCCCCAAGAUCUUAAACACUUGGAAACAAAGUCAUUCUCAGACAUCCUUAAAGAAGCCGAUGGACGAUGCUAUAGAUCUUUUAAUUCCAUUCGGAACAAGUCAAUUACAUAUUUUGUAGAGAAUUCAAGGACAAAUUCAGGGACAUCACCUACUUUACGAUGGCUUCAGCUUAAUGGAAAGGAUAGCAUUCCUUCAUGGGUUCCUCUGCAAGAUUUGGAGGGUUUAAGGGUUCGAGGAAGAUUAUCCCUGAGUUUGUGGCACCAGCCCCAGGUCCCUUCUCAGUUAAAAGAGCUCGUUUGCAAGUUUAUCGACUGCCAUUAUAUGGAAAAAGCUAUGCUUCGGAGAAAUUGGGAAGGAUUUUCGAAGUCAUUAGGAAUGUUAAAUCUGCUGGAAAGUCUGGUCCUACAGAUAGAGUCGCAAGGAAACAGGAAGGAUAUUGUAAUUGAAUGGAGUUCCUUUGAAGAAUCUGUAGGAAGACUUAACUGUCUUAGAACUUUGGGUUUGUUGGGUUUGUAUAUAAAUGGGGAAAUAGUUUUAAGCACUAGCAGGAUAACUGAUUUAUGGCUUGGCCUUGAAGCCAUAACUCUGUCUCACGUAGGGCUCACAUCCAAGGUCUCAAUUAGUGGUCCUGGUCUAAAAUCUCUUAAGCUAGAACAUAUGGAAGAUCUAAUCAAAGUGGAUUUAAUAGGGGUAGAAACAUUGAAGUGUCUGGAGUUAAUCCAAUGUGAUAAGUUGAAAAAAGUAUCGGCCAAUGAUCUAACCCAACUUCAAAUGUUAAGUAUAGAGAAAUGUUGGGAGAUAGAAGAGUUACCAGAUCUUAGUCAUUCCAAUUUGCUGCAGAGGAUGAGGAUCACGUGUUGCGAGGAGCUCCAAAAUAUAAGAGGUAUUCAAGAAUUAAGCUGGGGGAAGAGCAUUACCAUUACGUGUUGUCCGAAGCUGCAGAGUAUACCAGGGUUCAAAUACUUGAAGGGAUUGCAGUAUAUGAUUCUUUCGGAUGGUGGUAUUCUAAGUUUCAUUAGUGAGUUGCAGGAAUUGCCGUCAGAAUUUACAGUUGUAAUGGGGAAAGCAGCCACAUCCUUCCCGAAGGCAGAUGAAAUAACGGGUAUAGCUGAUGCUUUAUAUGAAUUUCAGUCCAGAGAAGAAGCAUACAAAAAGAUCAUUUUAUUGUCACAGAAAACACAACAGUUGUUCGGUGCAAUCAUUUUAUGCGCUAUGGUCCGCAGCGAUGAUUAUGGUUCCAAUUACAUGGUUGAGGGCAUCCCUGGUCAAACUAUAGAUCUCAGUUGGGCGGGAGGAAAACGGAUAUAUAUGAUAGUGGUAACUGGCCGAAGACAAAUAUCCAGUACAAAAAUUUUCGGCUGGAUGCCAACCUCUUGUAAAAUAGAGAAGGGGUAUUUGCUUGCAGUGAACGAAGGCCAAGAAUUGAAAACCUUAACCAUAUUGAAAAGGCUAACUGAACAACUGUGUAAGACUGAUGCUUUUAAUUAGUCUAUUGAGGUUGAAUGAAUGACUCUAAAAAGUACUGAUACAGGCAAAUGAAAGCAAACGCCAAAGCAGUUUGCUUGAGAUCCUGAAUGUUUAAAACAGGUUGAUGUAUUAUAUGCAUUGAGGAAUUUGUUUAUUGUUCAAUUUUUAAA